AUGAAUGUAAUUCUUAAUUGGCGUACAUAUCGUUACGUUUUCAGUGGCGACAUUCAAAAAAUGUAUCGCCAGAUAUUGGUACACCCAGAAGAUAGAUCUUUCCAAAGAAUUCUGUUUCAAGAAGAGCACUCUGCCCCUUUUAAAGACUAUCAGCUCAAAACUGUUACAUUUGGAGUAAAUUGCGCUCCAUUUUUAGCAAUCCGUACACUACUUCAAUUAGCUACAGAUUCAGAAGCAAAGUUUCCCAGAGCGGCUUCCAUUUUACGAAAUGAGACGUAUGUUGAUGACAUAUUGUCGGGAGGUCACACAAUUGAAGAAGCAUUAAACGCUCAAACUGAAUUAAUUCUCACUCUACAAUCAGCGGGAUUUCCAUUAAAGAAAAUUACCGCUAAUACUUCCGAAUUGCUCACUAAUAUUGCUUCUGAAGAUCUCUAUGAUUCAGAAUUCCUUCGCUUUCAAGAAACAAGCACAACAAAAACAUUAGGAAUCAAGUGGAAUGCCCUCACUGAUUCAUUCUCCUACUCAUUUUUUCCAAUUCCCCAAUCAUCCAACGUUACAAAACGCGCUAUACUCUCUGCAGUAGCCAAAUUGUUCGACCCUGCUGGGUGGAUAAACCCGAUAGUUAUCAGAGCCAAAAUGCUUAUGCAGCAACUGUGGCUAGAAGGUCUAGAUUGGGACCAAAACGUCAGUUCCGAAUCGCUCGAAUUAUGGAACAAUCUUAUCUCCGAUCUGCCCUAUAUUGAAAACAUUGUUAUCCCACGGUGGAUACAAUUCGCACCCCUUGACAUCAUACAUAUACAUGGGUUCUCAGAUGCCUCAAAACAAGCAUAUUGUGCCGCUGUUUAUAUAAGAUGUCAAACUAAAAGUAAUGUCUCAUACUCUAAUUUAUUAGUAGCGAAAAGUAAAGUAGCUCCUCUACAAACUGUUUGUUUACCUCGGCUUGAACUUAACGGAGCUCUUUUGUUAGCCAAAUUAGUCAAUCAUGUGCUAAAAUUUCUCAACUUAAAUGAAUCCGAACUCAUAUUGUGGACUGACUCAACUAUAGUGUUAAGUUGGCUAUCUAAACCCCAACGACAUGGGAAACAUAUGUUGCCAACCGUAUAUCUCAGAUCCACCAAUUAGUACCAAAAGCUAUAUGGCGUCAUGUUCCCACUCAUGACAACCCUGCCGAUUUGGGUACACGUGGUUGUAGGCCGCAAGAUUUAGUAAUUAACCCGUUAUGGUGGCAUGGACCUUCUUGGCUGGUUAACCCUCAGUCUUCAUGGCCAUCUAGAGUAGAUAUCCCAACGUCACAGCACUCGUUAGCUACAUCCAUUAUCCCAGUUCAAAUUAUUGAUAUAUUGGAAAAUUUUUCUUCUUAUCACCGAGCUUUACGAGUUUUAUGCUACGCUUUUCGAUUCAUUAAUAAAUGUCUAUCUAUAAAUAGACCACAUCAAAAUCUCGAUUCUCUCAAUCUAACCCACUCCGAAGUUACAGCGGUUAAAAAUAAACUCAUUAUCCUAGCUCAAAAAUCUUUUUAUGAAUCGGAAUAUACAUUAUUAUCUAAUUCACAACCAAUCCACGAAAAAAGUUCUCUCAAAACUUUAAAUCCAUUUCUCGACUCAAAUAAAAUUCUCCGAGUAAAUGGUCGUUUAUCGCAAUCAUCAUUACCUUAUAACGAACGCUUUCCUGUAAUAUUACCAGGCAACUCCCGACUCUGCCAAUUAUAUUUAAACCAUUUACAUACGACAUUAGCGCACGCAGAAUGCAACCACAUGUGCAGAAUGGUUCAGACAGAAUUCUAUAUUUCCCGUCUCAAACUGAGAAUAAAGAAAAUUAUUCGUCACUGUAAGAUUUGCAUAAUAUUCAGACAAAAAAAUUGUAAACAAAUAAUGGCUCCACUACCCCCUGAUAGAUGCAAUCUCUCAGUACCAUUCCAAACUACCGGGAUUGAUUUCGCUGGGCCUUUCGAUCUCAAAACAUCGAAAUUACGAAAUGCUUCCUGCAUAAAAGGAUAUGUCUCCGUCUUUGUUUGCUUUAGCACAAAAGCCAUACACCUCGAGGCGUGCUCAGACUUGUCAACUCCAGCUUUUCGCGCGGCAUUCGCUCGCUUUAUUGGGAGGCGGGGGCUCCCUCGCAGGAUAGUGUCCGAUAACGGUCGCAAUUUUCUCGGUGCUAGUAGGGAACUAAGCAGAGAAUUUGCAUCGUUUAUAAACUCAGCAGCUGAGGAUAUUUCUCAAAAAUAUAUUACUCAAGGCUUCGAAUGGAGUUUUAUCCCACCACAUGCGCCUCAUAUGGGGGGCCUUUGGGAGGCCGCAGUAAAAAGUUUCAAAUUUCACUUCAAACGCACAGCAGGAGCCCACAAAUUUAAUUUCGAAGAAUUUUCCACCCUUCUCGCACGUAUAGAAGGAAUACUUAACUCUCGUCCAAUCUCAGCAAUGUCAGAAGAUCCAUCAGAUCUGACAGCCCUGACUCCAGGACAUUUUCUAACUGGAAAACCCAUAAUGGCGUUCCCAGAACCUAUGACCGAACAAAUAGCCCUAGUUAAAAGAUGGGAACAACUAAAAGCUCUUCACCAUCAAUUUUUCCUAAGAUGGAAGGAAGACUACUUGAAGGCUCUACACAAAAGGUACAAAUGGAAGAAUCCUUCAUCUAAUCUCAAACCCGGCGACCUAGUUGUAGUCAUCGACGAUUUACUCCCUCCAUCCGAAUGGAGAUUAGGGCGUAUAUUAAAUACUUACAAAGGUUCUGAUGACAACGUUAGAGUAGCUGAUGUAAAAAUCGUCAAUGGAGUUAUAACUCGUCCCAUUGUAAAGCUAUGUUAUUUGCCAUUUCUCAAAGAAAAUGAUGCCCUUACAAACUAAUUCCUACUUAUCAUUUAUCGUUUGUCACCAAUUAACAACUUCAUUUGCUCACUCUCAUGAUUAUCAUCAACUAAUCAUACACUUUUUUCCUUUUGUUUUUCUCUUUCUCUCUCAUUUUAUUGUCUUUAGGUCAAAUCCAUCCAGGCGGAACCCCGAAAUUCACCAAUGCAAGGUGUGCAGACAGUUCCACGCUCUCAGGUUUUGUCGCCGAUUCUUAAAAAUGAGUAUCACGGAGAGGAAUAGAGUGGUACACCGAUACCGGUACUGUAAAAAUUGUCUUGCUAGAAGCCAUCAACUCAGAUCAUGCACAUCUUUAGCUACUUGUCGCAAAUGUGACCAUCUCCACCACACGCUUCUUCAUCCUUUUGGUGGUAGACAAAAUGACCUGCGUGUCCGAAUCAGCCAUGAGUAUAGAAAAAGUGAACGUAAAACCAACAGACAAACCAUAACCAACAACAUUCAGCCAGCCGGAGUUUCAAAUUCAUCGUUGACUCCAAAUCAUCAAAUAAUUUCUGAGGCCAUCCGAUCCCUGGCGCAAGUUCUUUGCGUACAACCCGGCACCAAGAGUGCACAACUCCGAGAUGGCCGGCAUGUUUAAAAUCAAUUAUUUUAAACCAAACAUUUAUAUUAUUUAUGUAAUAAUAUAACUACGUAUUUCUUUAUAUUGAA